CCCGGCGUGCAGCGCGCCUGAGCGUCCCCUCCGCCCGCUCAUGUUUUGGCCAAGCCAAGAUGGCGGUGCAGGAGUCCGCCGCUCAGCUCUCCAUGACCCUGAAGGUGCAGGAGUACCCGACCCUCAAGGUUCCCUAUGAAACACUGAAUAAACGCUUUCGAGCUGCUCAGAAAAACAUAGACCGGGAGACGAGCCACGUCACCAUGGUGGUGGCAGAGCUGGAGAAGACCUUGAGCAGCUGCCCUGCCGUGGACUCUGUGGUUAGUCUACUGGAUGGCGUGGUGGAGAAACUCAGUGUCCUCAAGAGGAAGGCAGUGGAGUCCAUCCAGGCUGAGGAUGAAAGCGCCAAACUGUGCAAGCGUAGGAUUGAGCACCUCAAGGAGCACAGCAGCGACCAGCCCGCCGCGGCCAGCAUGUGGAAGAGGAAGCGCAUGGACCGCAUGAUGGUGGAGCACCUGCUGCGCUGCGGCUACUACAACACGGCCGUGAAGCUGGCGCGGCAGAGCGGCAUCGAGGACCUGGUGAAUAUUGAGAUGUUCCUGACAGCCAAAGAAGUGGAGGAGUCCCUGGAGAGGCGUGAAACAGCCACCUGCCUGGCCUGGUGCCAUGACAACAAGUCCCGGCUCCGCAAGAUGAAGAGCUGCCUGGAGUUCAGCCUAAGGAUUCAGGAGUUCAUUGAACUCAUCCGGCAGAAUAAGAGACUGGACGCCGUGAGACAUGCAAGAAAGCACUUCAGUCAGGCUGAAGGGAGCCAGCUGGACGAGGUCCGCCAGGUCAUGGGCAUGCUGGCCUUCCCACCAGACACACACAUCUCCCCGUACAAGGACCUCCUGGACCCAGCCCGGUGGCGGAUGCUGAUUCAGCAGUUCCGGUAUGACAACUACCGACUGCACCAGCUGGGAAACAACUCCGUGUUUACCCUCACCCUGCAGGCUGGCCUCUCAGCGAUAAAGACACCACAGUGCUACAAAGAAGAUGGCAGUUCCAAGAGCCCAGACUGCCCUGUGUGCAGCCGCUCCCUGAACAAGCUGGCGCAGCCCCUGCCCAUGGCCCACUGUGCCAACUCCCGCCUGGUCUGCAAGAUCUCUGGUGAUGUGAUGAACGAGAACAACCCACCCAUGAUGUUGCCCAACGGCUACGUCUAUGGCUACAAUUCUCUGCUUUCUAUCCGUCAAGAUGAUAAAGUUGUUUGCCCAAGAACCAAAGAAGUCUUCCACUUCUCACAAGCCGAGAAGGUGUACAUCAUGUAGGCCCUGCGUCGCCAAGCACACGCCCUGGGGGCAGGGGCCACCGCGGGCAGGGGCCAGGCCCCUCCUGCCCCACGCUCAGCCUGCCGCAGCGUUUCUGUUUCUUGCGACCAAAGAUCAAUGAGCAAUGACAAAUACUCUUAGGAAGAAAGGAAAUAAGAUUUAAUAAGUUUGUACUUGAAAACAUUUUGAUUGGUAGGAUUUUGUAACAUAAGUCAACAAUUUGAUGCUUCUGAAAAGUACUUUCAACUUUGAAAGGAAACGUUUCUUUAAAGACUGACCUAAACGCCGAGGGAAACUCUAGAACAUUUCAAAAAUAGGAAUCCAUGGUUUUCCUCGUGUUUCCUCCCUUCUACUGAAGAUGAGACUUGGAGAAGGGCUGGUCCUUCACCAAACUACGUUGGCCCUGGCACGGCCUGGGAGAGGUGGUGACUGCGGUGGUCUGACCUGCAGUGACCCGAGAUGCGGUGCCAGGAGGGUCACUCAUGACUUCAUUCUAGAGCUGCUGCCAAAAUGCCUGGUGCCACAGCCUGUGGGGGCCUGGCUUUGAGGACUGCCCCACUUGCCUUGUGGGCAGUGCCUGUGGGACUAUCUUAGUAUGUGCAUAGGUUCAAUAUCACAUCUCUCGUGCGCCGCCUUAUUUCCUGCUUUGAGAAUGUAUUCACAUGGAAAUCCACUGGACCGAGUUUCUGCAGAGGCCUUGCUGGAUGUUUCCAUAACUUUAGAGUCUAAAUACUAUUCAUUACAGAAACUAAUAGUUCAGUUGAAAUAAGUACUGAUGACUUUUCAAAACAAAUGAACCAUUGUAGUUUACACAAAACCAUAUUGUAGAGGUUUGUAUUUAGCACUUAUUUUUGCAUGUUGAUGUUGAUUAGCUAAUAAACUGUAAAUGUAAAACAUGUUAAUAAAAGGGUUUUCUAUUUCU